UGUGUAUAUAAUUUCAGGCCAAAAUAGUUACCAUAAAAUCAGAGUGUCUUGCUUCGAAAAUGAUCUUAAAAUGAAAGAAAACACGCCCAUGAUAAGUUAAUUUCUUCACCUGCGGGUGUCUUUGAUUCAUCUUUCUGAAUCAUUUUAAGGUUUCUGGAGCAUCUCGGUGUCCGCAGCUGAAGACAAGCUGUCUCUCUGGUCUAAACGGGGCCCAUUAACGUGCCAUCGGGGAUCAAACAGACACCUAUUAUCCAGACAGCCAUUAACAGGUGAGCAGCACAUCAAAGCCACGCGUUUGCAAAGCCUGAUCGCGUCUGUGAUGUGCAAGAGGAUGCCACGCAGGGGGUCGUGUUGUGUCUGCAGAACACGGCUAUAAAAUCCCUCUGACAUCAUGCCUGCUCACCGGAGAGGCGUCUGGGACUCAGUCACGGAAACUUAUUCCCCCUCUUAACUGCUUGCUUCGGAUACAAUGGCGUGCGGGUUGGAUUUUACCAGUGGUGAUGUUUCUGAGAUCAUCACGUUUUUCUCGGAGCAGUUGUGGCCUGAUGCACUGACUGACAGAAACAACAACGGGUCGGCACAGAGCUCCAGCACGGUGCACCAUGUUCCAUACACUAUCAACUCCAAGACAAAGUGCCGCCGGAAGCGCACAAUAUUCAGCAAGGCGCAGCUGAGCCAGCUGGAGAGCGCCUUCUCUGCUACACCCUACCCGGAUAUCAAUGGGAGGAAAACCCUGGCCUCUCUAACUGGACUACCGGAGUCUAAAAUUCAGGUUUGGUUUCAAAAUCGGCGCGCACGCUUCUUUAAGACCAAGAAAUCAACUCGAGGAGCCGCCAAACCCCCACAGGUCAAGCACAAGACGCCGUGCAGUCCUCAGGUGGCUUCUCCUCUACCUCCUAGUCCCAGCCUUGCGUCUCCAACAGGCUACUGUGUGCCCAGUCUACCUCAGUCCACCAGGCUCUCGUCAAUCCUGGACAUCCAGGCCAAGUCACCAGGCGUUCCCCAAAUCAUUUGCCACCAAUCCCAGGACGUCACCAGCUACUGCCAAAACAUGUUUCCAUACGGUGGACUGGAUGAGUUGGAUUUACCAGAGGACUUUGAAGCUUUUCUCAAUGCACGGGGGGUACAGCCAGCAGAACGUAGCCAUCCUGUCCACAAGGAAGACAUCCAGAGUCGGCCAGGCCUCCAGGCUCUCUCCAGCUCUAUAGAGACCCUGGACGACCUGUCGGAUCUGUGCUUCCAGGACCUGAUGGUUCCCACUCUGCCCAACUUGGACAGCUCAAUGAUUGACUAUCUUUUGGCAUGACUGACAAAACGGAGAGCAACAUAUUGAAGAUCACGACAUGAAUGGGUCCACGUGCAACAACACGU